GCUCCUCCCGCGUUAGUGCCUGCCUCUCCCUGGCUGGGAGGGUGAAGUCACGCCAAACUGGGCGGAGCGUCGGCUGGCCUCUCUCCUUCCCUCAUCUGGGCGGCGGCGGCGGCAACUGGGGACGGGGCGGGUGGCGCAUCACGGGCGCGGAGGCUGGAGGAGCAGUCUCAUUGUUCCGGGAGCUGUCGCCACUGCAGGUCCCUCGGCUCGUAGGGCCCUGCCCCUCUCAGUCUUCCCCACCCCCCACAACCGCCCGCGGCUCUGAGAAGAAGCUUCUCCCGCGGACGCAGCAGCUGCAGCAUCACCUCCGACCUGCCAGCCAUGGAAGACAUGGACCAGUCGCCUCUGGUCUCCUCGUCCUCGGACAGCCCGCCUCGGCCUCAGCCCGCGUUCAAGUACCAGUUCGUGAAGGAGCCCGAGGAAGAAGAGGAAGAGGAGGAGGAGGAGGAAGACGAGGACGAGGACGAGGACCUGGAGGAGCUGGAGGUGCUAGAGAGGAAGCCCGCCGCCGCGCUGUCGGCGGCCCCGGUGGCCGCCGCCGCCGCCACCACCCCGGCUAGUGCGCCCCUGCUGGACUUCGGCAAUGAUUUCGUGCCCCCGGCGCCCCGGGGGCCCCUGCCGGCCGCGCCCCUCGCCGCUCCGGAGCGGCAGCCGUCUUGGGACCCGAGCCCCGUGUCGUCGGCGGUGCCCGCGCCCUCCCCACCCUCCAUUACAGCAGACUCGCCCUCCAAGCUCUCUGACGACGAGGAGCCUCCGGCCCGGCCUCCCCCUCCUCCACCGGCCGACGUGAGCCCUCAGGCCGAGCCCGCGUGGACCCCGGCUGCCCCAGCCCCCGCCGCGCCCCCCUCCACGCCGGCCGCGCCCAAACGCAGGGGCUCCUCUGGCUCAGUGGAUGAGACACUUUUUGCUCUUCCUGCUGCAUCUGAGCCUGUGAUACACUCCUCUGCAGAAAAAAUUAUGGAUUUGAAGGAGCAGCCAGGUAACACUGUUUCUGCUGGUCAAGAGGAUUUUCCGUCUGUCCUGCUUGAAACUGCUGCUUCUCUUCCUUCUUUAUCUCCUCUCUCAGCUGCUGCUUUUAAAGAACGUGAAUACCUUGGUGAUUUACCAGCAGUACUACCCACUGAAGGAACACUUCCAGAAAUUUUAAAUGAAACUUCUAAAGCAUUCUCAGAGAAGACAAAAAAUCCAUUUGUAGAGAGAAAUUUAACAGAGUUUUCAGAAUUGGAAUACUCAGAAAUGGAAUCAUCAUUCAGUGGCUCUCAAAAAACAGAACCUGCCAUAACAGUAGCAAAUCCUAGGGACGAAAUAGUUGUGAGGAGUAAAGAUAAAGAAGAGGACUUAGUUAGUCGUAACAUCCUUCAUACUCAGCAGGAGUUAUCUACAGUCCUUACGAAAUCAGUUAAAGAAGGAGAUAGAGUUCUGUCUCCAGAAAAAACAAAGGACAGUUUUAAUGAAAAGGGAAUUGCAGCAGAAGCUUCUAUGAGGGAGGAAUAUGCAGACUUCAAACCGUUUGAGCGAGUAUGGGAAGUAAAAGAUACUUACAAGCAAGAUAGUGAUGUUUUGGCUGCUGGAGGUAGUAUAGAGAGCAAAUGGGAAGAUAAAGUGGAUAAGAAACGUUUUUCAGAUAGCCUUGAACCAACAAGUCAUGAAAAAGAAAGUGAAAGCAGUAAUGAUGACACUUCAUUUCCCAGUACACCAGAAGCUAUAAAAGGUGGUUCAGGAGCAUACAUCACAUGUGCUCCCUUUCACCCAACAACAACUGAGAAUGUUUCAACAAACAUUUUCCCCUUGUUGGAAGAUCAUACUUCAGAAAAUAAGACAGAUGAAAAAAAGAUAGAAGAAAAAAAGGCACAAAUUGUAACAGAGAAGAAUGCAAGCGCCAAAACAUCAAACCCUUUCCUUAUGGCAGCACAGGAUUCGAAGGCAGAUUACGUUACAACAGAUCAUGUGUCAAAGGUGACCGAGGAAGUAGUGGCAAACAUGCCUGAAGGUCUGACCCCAGAUUUGGUUCAGGAAGCAUGUGAAAGUGAAUUGAAUGAAGCUACUGGUACAAAAAUUGCCUUUGAAACAAGAAUGGACCUGGUUCAAACUUCAGAAGCUGUGCAGGAGUCACUUUACCCUGUAACACAGCUUUGCCCAUCUUUUGAAGAAUCUGAAGCUACUCCUUCACCGGUUUUGCCUGACAUUGUCAUGGAAGCACCAUUAAAUUCUGUAGUUCCUAGUGCUGGUGCUUCUGCAGCGCAGCUCAGUUCAUCCCCAUUAGAAACUCCUCCUUCAGUUAAUUAUGAAAGCAUAAAGUUUGAGCCAGAAAAUCCCCCACCAUAUGAGGAGGCCAUGAAUGUCUCACUCAAAAAAGAAUCAGGAAUGAAGGAAGAAAUCACAGAGCCUGAAAGUAUCAGUGUAGCUGUUCAGGAAACAGAAGCUUCUUACAUAUCUAUUGCAUGUGAUUUAGUUAAAGAAACAAAGAUCUCUACUGAACCAACUCCAGAUUUCUCUAGUUAUUCAGAAAUAGCAGAAGUUGCACAGCCAGUGCCCGAGCAUUCUGAGCUAGUUGAAGAUUCCUCCCCUGAUUCUGAACCAGUUGACUUAUUUAGUGAUGAUUCAAUACCCGAAGUUCCACAAAAACAAGAUGAAGCUGUAAUACUUGGGAAAGAAAAUCUCAUUGAAAUUUCAUCUGAGUCAAUGACAGGACAUGAAAAUAAGGGAAAACUCAGCGCUUCACCACCACCUGAGGGAGGGAAACCGUAUUUGGAGUCUUUUCAGCCCAGUUUAGGCAUCACAAAAGAUACCUUAGCACCUGAUGAAGUUUCAGCAUUGACCCAAAAGGAGAAAAUCCCUUUGCAGAUGGAGGAGCUCAAUACUGCAGUUUAUUCAAGUGAUGGCUUAUUCAUUGCUCAGGAAGCAAACCUGAGAGAAAGUGAGACAUUUUCAGAUUCAUCUCCAAUUGAGAUUAUAGAUGAGUUCCCUACUUUUGUCAGUUCUAAAGCAGAUUCUUCUCCUACAUUAGCCAGGGAAUACACUGACCUAGAAGUACCCCACAAAAGUGAAAUUGCUGACAUCCAGGAUGGAGCUGGGUCAUUGGCUUGCGCAGGAUUGCCCCGUGACCUUUCUUUCAAGAGUAUACAACCUAGAGAGGAAGAAGUUCAUGUCCCAGAUGAGUUCUCCAAAGAUAGGGGUGAUGUUUCAAAGGUGCCCAUGCUGCCUCCAGAUGUUUCUGCUUUGGAUGCUCAAGCAGAGGUAGGCAGCAUAGAAAAACCCAAAGUUCUUGUGAAAGAAGCUGAGAAAAAACUUCCUUCUGAUACACAAAAAGAGCGAAGAUCACCAUCUGCUAUAUUUUCAACAGAGCUGAGUAAAACUUCAGUUGUCGACCUCCUCUACUGGAGAGACAUUAAGAAGACUGGAGUGGUGUUUGGUGCCAGCUUAUUCCUGCUGCUCUCACUGACAGUAUUCAGCAUUGUGAGUGUAACGGCCUACAUUGCCUUGGCCCUGCUCUCUGUGACUAUCAGCUUUAGGAUAUAUAAGGGUGUGAUCCAGGCUAUCCAGAAAUCUGAUGAAGGCCACCCAUUCAGGGCAUAUUUGGAAUCUGAAGUUGCUAUAUCUGAGGAGUUGGUUCAGAAGUACAGUAAUUCUGCUCUUGGUCAUGUGAACUGCACAAUAAAAGAACUCAGACGCCUCUUCUUAGUUGAUGAUUUAGUUGAUUCUCUGAAGUUUGCAGUGUUGAUGUGGGUGUUUACCUAUGUUGGUGCCUUGUUCAAUGGUCUGACUCUACUAAUUUUGGCUCUGAUUUCACUCUUCAGUGUUCCUGUUAUUUAUGAACGGCAUCAGGCGCAAAUAGAUCAUUAUCUAGGACUUGCAAAUAAGAAUGUUAAAGAUGCUAUGGCUAAAAUCCAAGCAAAAAUCCCUGGAUUGAAGCGUAAAGCUGAAUGAGAAAGCCUGAAAUAGUUAAUAGGAGUUUUAUCUUUAAAGGGGAUAUUCAUUUGAUUCCAUUGGGGAGGGUCAGGGAAGAACACAGCCUUGACAUUGCAGUGCAGUUUCACAGAUCUUUAUUUUUAGCAACGCAGUGUCUGAGGAAAAAUGACCUGUCUUGACUGCCCUGUGUUCAUCAUCUUAAGUAUUGUAAGCUGCUAUGUAUGGAUUUAAAUUGUAAUCAUAUUUGUUUUUCCUGUAUGAGGCACUGGUGAAUAAAAAAAGAUCUGAGAAAGCUGUAUAUUACACUUUGUCGCAGGUAGUCUUGCUGUAUUUGGGGAAUUGCAAAGAAAGUGGAGCUGAAAAAAAUAACCCUUUUCACAGUUUGUGCACUGUGUAUGGUCUGUGUAGAUUGAUGCAGAUUUUCUGAAAUGUUUAGACGAGAUCAUACCACCAAAGCAGGAGUGAAAAAGCUUGCCUUUUCUGGUAUGUUCUAGGUGUAUUGUGAAAUUUACUGUUGUAUUAAUUGCCAAUAUAAGUAAAUAUAGAUUAUAUAUAUAUCUAUAUAUAGUGUUUCACAAAGCUUAGACCUUUACCUUUCCAGCUGCCCCACAGUGCUUGAUACUUCUGUCAUUGGUUUUAUGUGUGUAGUUCCAAAACACAUAAGCUAGGAAAAAAACAUAUUUCUAGGUGCACUACCAUCUGUUUUCAACAUUAACCGAUGCCAUGCAAACAGAACUCAACAUAAACUUCAUUGCACAGACUUACUGUAGUUAAUUUUAUCACAAACUCUGGACUGAAUCUAAUGCUUCCAAAAAUGUUUGCAAAUAUCAAACAUUGUUAUGUAAGAAAUUAUAAAUGACGAUUUAUACAAUUGUGGUUUAAGCUGUACUGAACUAAAUCUGUGGAAUGCAUUGUGAACUGUAAAAGCAAAGUAUCAAUAAAGCUUAUAGACUUAAAAGA